AGCGCAGUCUGAUCUACUGUCAGUGCGCGUCUCAACACAAGUCCGCGUGCAUGGCAAAAUGCGUUUGUGCUGGGAUGGUGUAAAAUCUAAAGGGUUGCGCAUGGAUGCAUUAUACUAGAUGGCAUAGAAAGGACUGGAUUUAUUUUCUGCUGGACAUUUCCAGGUGGAAAAGCUUCAGUGUUUUAUAUUCCAAUGUGGACGAUGGAUAGGUUCGUGCAUGGUACAAGUCACUGAGAUUGGACUUUUGAGUUGAUUUUGGAUCUUUGUGGAUGUAACCAGAAGCACAGCUAUUCCACCAGUUCCCUAAAACAUUAUCAUGACCUCUCUAACUGGGAAUAAAGACAGGUCUGGCACGAGGAGUAAAAAAUAUGGGGUGACAGAUUCCUCUCCGACUAAGUCAGCAUCAUUCUCUCCAGAAACCUGGUACCGAAAGGCUUAUGAGGAGUCCCGGAGCGGCAGCCGCCCCAUCCCUGAAGGUGCGGGGUCAAUGCCCGGGUCCUCUGGAACCCCGUCUCCCGGAUCAGGAAUAUCCUCCCCGGGUUCUUUUUCGGGCUCACCUGUUACUAUAUCACCGGGCAUCAGCACUGGAUCGCCCGGGUCCUUAGGUGGAUCUCCAGGGUUUGGCACGGGUUCGCCCGCGUCGGGUAGCGGGAGCUCACCAGGUUCUGAACGAGGGAUCUGGUGUGAGAACUGCAACGCUCGGCUGGUGGAGCUAAAGAGACAGGCAUUGAAAUUACUCAUUCCCGGACCCUUUUCUAGCAAGGAUCCCUCGUUCUCCUUGCUGAUCCACGAUAAGCUGCAGGUGCCCAACAGCACGCGCAAGGCCUGGAACGAGCGUGACGGCCGCUGCGAUAUCUGCGCCACACACUUGAGUCAGCUAAAACAAGAAGCCGUCCACAUGGUCCUGAGUCUUGAUCAGUGCGAUGUGUCUCCUGGCUCGCCUCCAUCCCCGGCCUCCCUCGUAGGUUCCCGCAGUGUCCUCCAGGGUCCCACGCCACCACCGGAUUGGGCCUACCUGCCUUCUGGUUACCAUUCAUCUGCUUCCUCCACCCUUGCUAACAUUUCAGCCUCCAGCUCUACAACAAAAACCACCACCAGUGCAAGCAAUAGCCCACACCAUCCAGUGCACCCCAAACACGGGUCUAAGCCCAACAGCCUGGGGGUGAGCAGCGGGGUGGAGAAGAAGAACAACUCUCCUGGCCAUGCUGGAAAGUCGACGGCUUCACAACCGUCUCACCCACCUAGCAGCCCCAACAACAGCAACGGGACUUCGUUGAGCUCGACUGCCCUCCAAGCACACCAGUACGUGGAGGGCACGUGGACGGCCGGCAACCCGUCGAGGGCCAAUGGUGUAACGCUUUAUCCUUACCAGAUCUCUCAGAUGGUGUCGGAGGGAAACAGAGAGGGUCUGAAUGAGGCGGCGCUGAACCGUUAUAACGCCGACCGCCCAUCGGCAUACAGCAGCCCUGCAGUUCCUUCCCCGGUCACCACGGUGGCGCCCUCCAGUGGCACCUCUGCCGCUGCAUCCUUCUUUGCCAGGGCUGCCCAGAAAUUGAAUCUGUCUUCCAAGAAAAAGAAGCAGCGUCCGGCCCCUCCUGUUGUGUGUGACCCUCCCCUCUUCCCUACUAACUUCAGUGGCAUCCUGCAGGUAUCUCCUCCACCUGCUCCGCCCUGCCUCUUACGUGCGGUCAACAAAGUCAAAGACACACCCGGCAUGGGCAAGGUGAAAGUGAUGGUACGUCUGUGUCCUUCAACGCCCGGCAGCGCUGCCGAAUCCAGUUCAUUCCUGAAGGUCGAUUCUCGUAAGAAGCAAGUGACCAUCAUGGACCCAGCGGCCAACUCUCAGCAAAAUCAAACUCAGAAACGUGGGGUCUCCAACCAGGUUCCUCCAAAGAUGUUCGCCUUUGAUGCUGCCUUCUCCCAUGAUGCCUCUCAGGCUGAGGUUUGCGCAGGAACUGUGGCUGAGGUCAUCCAGUCUGUGGUCAACGGAGCAGACGGCUGUGUGUUUUGCUUUGGACACUCAAAACUAGGUAAAUCCUACACUAUGAUCGGCAAGGACGAGUCCAUGCAGAGUUUGGGCAUCAUUCCCUGUGCCAUCUCCUGGCUCUUCAAACUGAUAAAUGAAUGCAAGGAAAAGACAGGCGCACGCUUUUCAGUCCGGGUUUCUGCAGUUGAGGUCUGGGGAAAAGACGAGAACCUAAAGGACUUGUUGUCUGAUGUGGCGACAGGCAGUUUGCAGGACGGCCAGUCUCCAGGCGUCUACCUCUGCGAGGACCCCAUCUGUGGAAUGCAGUUGCAGAAUCAGAGCGAAUUACGAGCUCCGACCGCCGAGAAAGCCGCUUUCUUCCUGGAUGCUGCUAUUGCGGCACGGUACAGCAGCAAGCCGGACUGCGAUGAAGAGGAGCAUCGUAACUCUCACAUGCUCUUUACGCUUCACAUCUACCAGUAUCGAAUGGAGAAGACCGGCAAAGGAGGAAUGUCAGGAGGCCGGAGCCGAUUGCAUCUCAUUGAUUUGGGAAGUUGUGUGAAGGUUUUGAGCAAGACUCGAGACAGCACUACAGGACUGUGUCUCUCUCUCUCUGCACUGGGGAACGUCAUACUGGCUUUAGUCAAUGGCAGCAAACACAUCCCAUACAAAGAUAGUAAGCUAACCAUGCUGUUACGAGAGUCGCUGGGCAACAUGAAUUGUCGCACCACAAUGAUAGCUCACAUCUCUUCAUCUCCUUACAACUUCUCUGAGACUCUCUCCACCCUUCAGAUCGCCUCUCGUGUUCUUAGGCUAAAGAAAAAGAAAGCUAAAGUAAGCAUGCAAUACACAUCCAGUUCCUCUGGUGGAGAGAGCUCAUGCGAAGAAGGAAGAAUGCGUCGGCCAACCCAGUUAAGAACCAUCCAUUCCCGAAAUGUUGUUGAUUCAGAGAUGCCUCUGCUACACCUCUCCAGUGACCCUGAAGACUAUUCUAGCAGCGAGCAAUCUUGUGACACAGUUAUCUAUGUGGGUCCAAAUGGGUCAGCCCUCUCAGACAAAGAGUUAACAGACAACGAAGGUCCCCCAGAGUUUGUUCCUAUCAUCCCAUCUCUGCAUAAAAAUAUAACAGAUAACAGUACAGCUCUUUUGGCAUCGCAACCAUCUCAACAACAGGCUGUAGCCCUGAUUGCUCAAGUCUCACAGGCUGUACAGCCAAUUCAGAACAUUCAUCCACAGCCGCUUCCACCUGUGCUGGAAGAGGGUCCUGAAUCAGGUAAAAAGGAGAAAGACUGUCUUAAGUGCAACACUUUUGCAGAGCUACAGGAAAGGCUUGAAUGCAUCGAUGGACGUGAAGAGGUUACAGAAUUCCCAUUUGAAGAAGCCCCUGCCAACAGAGUUGCCAAACUUGAGCCCGGUCAAGUUGUCAAGGGAACCCAGCAAUCCAGUUCUCCAAAAAGAAUCUCUAAUGACCAGCAACUGGAGGAAAUCCGUGAGGCGGUUGAAGAAGCAGAGAUUGCUCAAUCAAUUAUUGAAAGCUUGGCACAAUGUUCAACAGGCGGUUGUGGACUCUCCACCAGCAGAAGUGUAAUAGGUAGCUGUGGGGUUGGACAACUCACUCCUCUUCAGAGGGCCAAGAGCUCCAGCCUACACGACAGCAAAGAAUCCAUCAGUGGUGGGAGCAGUAGUGAGGGUAAGACUCGUCCUAUGGGCUCCCCAAGGUUAGGCAUUGCCAGUCUUACUAAAACCUCAGAAUACAAACCACCGUCGUCUCCCUCUCAACGCUGCAAAGUGUACACCCAGAAAGGAGUAAUGCCUGGCACACCCCCUCACUCCUCCCAAAAUCUUUAUAAAGAUUCUAGAAAGUCAUCCAUGGAGUCUUUGCUUAAUCCUGAGUCUAGAACUUCUCCAGUGGGUAUGAGUCCUCAGGUCCUAAGAAGAUCUUCAUCCUGUAAUAGCAUCGGAUCGGCUGAGACGUUGUAUGAUGAUGUUCCCCAGCUCCCUUUGGACAAAAAAGAUUUGAAGAACAACACAGCCACAGUUACAUUACAACAGCCUUUGGAGCCAAAUGGAGAAGAUGAGUUGGUAUUUACCAUGGUGGAAAAGCUGACAAUUAGUGGGCUAAUGGAAAACGGACGACCUACCAGUAUUAUUAGUUUUAACAGUGACUGUUCAGUACAGGCCCUAGCAUCGGGUUCAAGACCUGUUAGUAUCAUUGGCAGCAUAAGUGAAGACCUAGAACAUUACAACUCUGCUCCCUGCAUUACCAGUGCUACCAUUUCAGAAGUCAACAUUGCCAAAUUCCUGCCUCUCAACAGGGUCGAAGGUGAAGUGCAGGCUAGCCGUCGCUCUUCGAUCAGCUCUUGGCUGAGUGAAAUGAAUGAUGGAAGUGAUGGUGAUAGUUUUGUUGCCCAGCAGUGCUUUGGACAAGGUGAAGCACUAGCUGAAGACAGGCUAUUGAAAAUUCAAGAGGAAGUUGACCUGGAAGGUCUCCUCGAAUCAAAUGGGCAAAAUAACUCAGAAACUGAGAACGAUUUCAAUAAAACCGACAAAGUGAAUGAUAAAAGCACACCUACUAAACACAAACUAGACAAUACAUCCUUAGCUACAGCUUCAAGCAGUUAUGUUCCUUUUAAAACCACCUUUACAACUCAACCUUGUGCUGCGGUUAAGCCUAUGGUUGUGCAAGACUUGCAAGCCAAGAGCUCUUCAGUGAUUGACCCCAAAUCCUCACCUAUUCCUAUAUCAAGUGAGCUUACUUUUGAUGACCCUUGGUUGAAAAGGGAGGGUGGUGAAGAAACCAACGCUACGGAGAUGACACUUGAGGCAAAGAUAGAGAAAAGAACAUUUGAAUCUGUAAAAAGAAAAUGCCUAACCGACAAGCACAAUAGUGAAGCAGUAUAUUUGCCUGAUUCCAUGAAUCGAGUGGUGGAUGGCUGCGAGAUGAUCUUUAAUGCAUCUGAAAGCAUAACUCAAGUGUAUUCUGCAGACAUCCUCAGGACAGGUAGUCUCCCUCGUGCGUGGCAUCGUUUGAAUAAGCAUGAUGAUCUGGAAGACCCUACAUACCGUUACACAAGUGGAGAGUACAAAAGCCUUGGAGUUACUACCUCCACACCCUGCAGUCCCAGGGCCACACUAGAAAGAAGAUGUUCAGCAGGGAGGCAGGGUUUCUUUACCCGUCAGAAAGGAAUCCCCCCAUUGCCACCUGUAAGGAAAUCUAGUCUUGACCAGAAGAAUAGAGCAAGUCCCCAGCAUAACCAAGGAAACACUCAUGUACUUGGCAGCACACCUGAAGAACUGGGUGGUAAAUAUAAAGGACCAAAUGUAGAGAGCAGUAGACUCUUUAGUGCCAAACUUGAACAGUUAGCAACCAGAACCAAUUCUUUAGGGAGGUCCCAUGGGGCACAUUAUGACUGUUUUUCUCUGGAGAGGGCUGAGAGUUUGACGUCUCUAGUCUCUAAAGGAGGAGUCACAAAAGACAGCACAAUGCCAAGGACAGGUAGGAGCAUCAGCCGUGGCUUAAUCUCAUCACCCACCAAUGGACCAAAUGGCAACAACAAUGUACUGCAGUCACCCAAAGCAAGUCAAUCCAAAAUUUCUGCUGUUAGCAAACUCCUCAUGGCCAGUCCCAAAGCUCGAAGCUUAUCUACAUCUAGCACUAAGACCCUUAGUUUCUCCACAAAGUCACUUCCACAGUCCGUAAACAGAAGCUCGAGUUUGCCACCCAACGGUAAGAACCAGAACCAAAAUUCUUGGUCAACACAGUCCCUAAGUCGUAGUAGGGGGACAGGGUUAGCAUCUAAGCUACCAUUAAGGGCAGUGAAUGGAAGAAUCUCAGAGCUGCUACAAGGUAGUGCCAUCUCACGUGCCUCCCAAGGACGAGGGACUUCUGAUACCGAAGACAAAGGAGCAGCAGUGCAAGGGGACGAAAGGCCAGUGGUUCAUACUUUGCCUUCUCCAUACAGUAAGAUUACAGCCCCUAGAAGGCCUCACCGUUGCAGUAGUGGGCACGCCAGUGACAACAGCAGUGUGCUGAGUGGAGAGCUUCCUCCAGCCAUGGGAAAGACUGCCUUGUUUUAUCACAGUGGUGGCAGCAGUGGCUACGAGAGUAUGAUACGUGACAGUGAGGCAACAGGAAGCACAUCAUCUGCUCAGGACUCAAUGAGUGAAAACAGCAGUUCCAUCAGUGGACGCAGGAGCCUAAAGAAUUCAAAGAAAAGAAGUAAUACCGGAACCCAAAGACGACGGCUUAUUCCUAACCUGACCUUGGACACCUCGUCCCCCGUGAGAAAGCCUGUCAUCAGUCCAGGGGUCCGCUGGGUGGACGGGCCCCUCCGGCCUGCGCAGAGAGGCCUGACCGAACCGUUCGAGAUCAAGGUUUAUGAGAUUGAUGAUGUUGAGCGUCUACAGAGAAGACGUACCGCAGGCAAUAAAGAAGUCCUGUACUUCAGUGCCAAACUGAAAAUCCUGGAGCACCGACAGCAGAGGAUCUCGGAGGUGAGGGCUAAAUAUGACUGGUUGAAGAAAGAGCUGGAACAGACCAAACAACAUCUGAUGCUGGAGCCGGAGAAAUGGACCACUGAAUUUGACCUUCAGCAGACGUUCGAAGUGGACUCUCUGGAGUACUUGGAGGCUCUGGAGUUUGUCACGGAGCGACUGGAGAACCGGGUCAACUUCUGCAAAGCUCAUCUGAUGAUGAUCACAUGCUUUGACAUCACCUGUCGGCGACGGUAAAGGAUUCGCCAUGGAGCAUUAAGGACAAUGGGAAGUCGAAAGGCUCUGGUUGUACGUGGGUGCGCAUGGGGGCGAGUCCAUCACUCGGAGCGGAAAAUUGAAAGAGUUGAUAUUUUUCUAAAGUGGGUUUUGGGGCGAACCAAAAACGCUGGAAGUUGGAGAGCCAAAAGAAAAUAUGUUGUCCCACAUUACUCGAUGAGCACUUUGGUACAUUGGCGUCAUCGAUAAUGUGGUGAACAAAAAAUACUAUGUGUUGAAAAAAGAAUGGAAAAGAACAAAAAGGACAACAAGUGCCUUGUGAACACUUCAAUAUCCUCUGUGGAAAGACGUUUCCAUAUUUGUGUACAGAUGGUGCUAGCAUAAACAAACAAACAAAAAAAUGCAUACAAACAAAAAAGUUCAAAAGAAAAUGAAAACUGCUUGUUAAACUAAAUGUUUUAAACUCUUCGAUUCACUGUCUUGGUAAAACUUGUAUUUGUAUUGUUACAUGCAACAUAAACUGUUACGUGUAUGUUUUAUAUUAUUUUUUUGUAUACUUGGAGACACACUGAGACCACCUAGAGUGUUUGGCUUUCUGUGAAAUGGCACGGCAUGAUUUGUAGAAAAAUGAUUUUGGCACAGGCUUAUGGUUUUUUCACAUCCCCUGUGGCUCGGUUGGCAUUUAUAGCAGUGACGCCUCGGGCGCGGGCCGUGUCACGGUUAAGAUACGAGAAGAAUCCUCAGUCUGGCAGGACCAACAAGGAUCCUUAAUAUCGAUUUAAAAGCAAAAAGCGCCAGCUUUCUACGAAUAAAAAAAACACUUUCUAGCCAGAAGUAUAAGAACAAUCAAAAUAUACGGUUGGGGGUUCAGCAUAGAUUUUAUUAGCCUUGCUUAUGAAUAUUCAUUGCGUGACAUUCCCCUGAUUCGCUGAAAGGCAGACGUUAGUAAGUUGGCACUAGAAAUAGUAAGAUUACCGUUUGGAAUGCAGCCAAGCAAAACGAAACUCUUAAAAAAAUAAUGAUAAUCUCCCAAGAUGUGUGAGGAACACAAAUAGAAAUUUUAGGGGUUUCUUAAUUUUUGUAGCAUGAUUGUUUCCUGUAAGGGCAUAUGUAAAGAUUGAACUGAUCUGUACAUAUGUCUGGACUUGGCCAAACCUUUAUGUGGUCUCACUGUGCUUACACUUUGGUAAAACAAUCUGUUUAUAUAUAUACAGUAUGGUGCUUGAGAUGGUUUCAACGUUUAUGGAUGAAGAUACAGUAUACAGUAUAGCCUGUUUCUCGUACUAACUAAAGACUUCAUGCGCUUUCUUCAUUCACAUUUCACCCCUCGUCCCACCCCUGACCAUGGCAGAAGCGACGGGGAACACGGAGCGACAUUCCCUCCGGCCCGUUGGCAUUGUAAUGAAUGAAGGAUGUUAUUUAUUUUUUACCUCAGGAGGCCUGUAUGACAGAGAUGCUUAUAUUCUAUAAUUUAUUUACGCCUGCGAAGCACUAUGCAUUGAAAUUGUACAGUUGCUAAAUUCAUGCCAUAUAUAAAUAUAUAUAAAAAAAAUCUAUACUUAUAUUACACUUUUGUUCUUUAUAUAUAAAGGUUACUUUUCGCAUUUUUGGUAAAUGCACCUAUCAUGGGAGAAGAGAAACGAUGCAACUUCAAAAUGCUCCAUACAUGUUUCAUGUUUCAUUCGCAUUUUUGUGGAUUGUUCAAAUUGUGUGGUAUUUGGUACAAUGUAAAAAAGAAAAGUUGUCCUUAAUGCGAUUUAAUGUUCACGGAGAUUAUGUGUGCUCAUCAGGUCAAGUGACAUUAAAGGUGAAGAUCUACCAAGAGAGGCGUCAUCCGAUGAAACCUUUUUGUCACAUAUCGCUUCAUGUUUGUAUUGAGACAUCGGGCAUGAUUUGUUGUAUUAUGGGAAAACAGAACCGAAUGAAAAUUUGAUUGACGUACGGACGGAUGUAAAUAAAAAAAAACAUUUUGAAGUGGAAUUUUUUUUCUGCACAAUUUAUAUAAAAAAAAACCCUAAUUUACAAGUAAACUUUACGUACCUGUGCUUACUUUGAAUUCUCUUUAAUGCACAAAUAGAAAUGCAAAAGACUUUCUGAUUGUUAUACAACUUUAAAAGAUUAAUUUUGUUUCUGUAAAGGUGUAAACCAUUCUGCUGCAUGGAACGUCUGCUUUUUGAUGGGAUUUCUUAUAAAAAAAAAAGGUUAUGAAAUCAAUUGCCAGCUGGUCUGUUUUUUAUUUUCUUCAAUUAUGGUUUUAAUUAAUAGUUAUGCCUGCAUCUUUAUGGCUUUCAGACACAAUAGCAAUAGAUUUUGAAUGUCGAAUAUAUAUAGACAACUAUUUUAAUAUUGCAAGUGUGAACGUUUGCCCUAGAUGUCAUACUGUACAGCUGAUAAUACAGUUUCCCUUUUUAUCUCACAAUAUCUGAGGUUAAAAGUCCCUCUGUCAUAAUAAAAGCCUUAUUAGUAGGAAAUUUUUUUUUACCAUUUUCUCCAGCCAUAUUUACUUUAAAAUUAAAAUGCAAUGAAAAGAAACUUUAUGAAAAAGUCCCUUGAAGCCUGGUGUCAAGAACCAUUAAGAUUGUUUUGCAUUUGACCACAAAACCAGUCAUAAGUGUCAAUUUUCUAAAAUU